AGCAAAACAAAAUAUUCUCUUUUCUGACGUGUCUCUCUUGUGUUUUUAAAAAAGCUUGUUAAGUGUUAAUUUCAAUUAAAAUAGCUAAUAUUUAAGCAACUAUGGCUCCCAAAGAGAAUGAGCCGAAAGGAAAAGAUGAGAAGGAGACAGUAAAAAUCAACAAAUGGGAUAGUGCAGCAGUGAAAAACUCACUUGAUGAUGCUAUAAAAGAGGUGUUCACAAAGAAAUUCAAUUAUACUGAGAAUUUUUCCCUUAUGGAUGGCAGACUCGCGAUUUGCACAAUUGCUGUAGGGGUUGCGAUGUUUGCCUUAUUAUGGGAUUACUUAUAUCCCUUUCCACAAUCGAGACCAGUUCUAAUAUUCAGUGUUGUAACAUACUUUAUAAUGAUGGGGAUCUUGACUUUAUAUACCACAUAUAGGGAGAAAGGCAUUUUUGCCAUAUGCGUUCAGAAGGAAGGACCCAAGAAAGGCACAGUCUGGAUUGCCAGUUCAACUAUGGAAAAAUACGAUGAUAAAUAUAAUCUGACUAUACGUGUUAAAGAUCCAAAAACCGGGAAUGUUCGAAGCGUCGAAUCCAAGAAAAGUUGUGCCAACUUCAUAACAGUGAAUGGUCAGAUAUGUAAAGAUCUGGUUGAAAAUGAAGUUACCAGGUUUCAUAAUUCACUAUUGAGCGAACGUAAAGAGAAGUAAACACUUCUGUUGUUUUAUAGAAACUUGAGUACUGUGAAUAAUAUAUUAAUUUUUUGUGGAAUAAAAAUCCGUUUACAAUUGGCAAA